CCAGCCUUGUUGAGCGUGGUGUCAAGGGCGCUCGCCUGUCCAAGAACGCCCAGAGCCUGUUUGACUACUCGAUGCAGGUGUCGGACUCGCGCUACGACUCGUCCUACAACUACGUCUGGUACCAGGACAAUGGCCAGUGGUCCGUCCGCUUCACCUCGUGGUACAUUGCCGGUCUCCUGCACCGGGGCUCCAAGGACGACGUCAAGUCUGCCAUUGCUGCCAUCGAGAACGUGCUGGCCAACCAGCUCAACAGCGACUUCGACUCGGCUUGGUACGGCACGUUCAAGCUGUCGCCCGACGAGCCCGACCCGACGCCGGACGGACCCCUCUACCCGCCGAGCAUCUACAACACCUACGAUCCCAACUGGAGAGAGUUUGUCGGCUCGCAGCUCAUCCAGAUUGUCGAGGAGUUUGACAAGGUCCUCCCCAAGGCUCUGGUCGGCCGCAUUGAGACCGCUCUCGAGGCGGCUGCGAUCGGCGGCAUGCGCCGCAACGGCUCGUUCCCCGAGGGCGACAACCUCAUCCUCGGCUACUCGAACCCGGCCAUCAUGCGGGCCCUCACCACGGGCUGGAUCGGCAAGCGCAAGAACAACAAGGUCCUCAUCGACUUUGCCGCGCAGCAGGGCACCGACAUCUUCAAGCUCUUUGAGCGCGAUGAUGACGCCCUGGCCGAGUACAAUGCCCCCAACUACUACGGCAUCGACAUCUGGGCCCUGGCUGCUAACAUCGCCUACGGCCCGGCCGACGCCCCCAUGACCAAGAACUCCAAGGUCAUCCUGCAGAAGCUGUGGGACGACAUCGCCGCCCACUACAACCCGUACCUCGGCAACAUGGUCGGUCCCUACGACCGCGCCUACAGCCGUGACGCCACCACGCACUCUCAGAUCCUUUCCAUGAUCACCUGGGGCGUCUAUGGCCGCGGGGUCUUUGGCCAGCCUCCCCUCGGCGAGGGUGACUUGCUCUACGACAUUGCCCAGGGUGCCGCCCUCGCGAUGGUCAUGGACGUCAUUGCGCCCACCAUCAGCAAGAACGCGCAGUCCAUCAUCACCGCCAAGGGCGACUGGAAGGGCAGCCGCUUCAUCAACAAGACGCUCUACGAGGAUCUCACCUCGACCAGCGCCCGCGUUGCGACCUCGUGGCUCAGCUCCAAGCUCAUGAUUGGCGCGCAGACCGUGUCCGAGACCAAGAACAGGGGCAACCAGUACGUGCCCGCCAUUGUGCACUGGGCUGCAGACUCGUCGCACAAGCCGUACCCCUACAUGGGCUUCUUCUCCCUGUACCCCUCCGCCUCGACGCUCACGGCCGAGGCCACCGCGAACAAGCUGGUGGUGUCGUACCCCAACACCACACAGGCCGGCACCAACAUCUUCACCUUCGCCCUCACCGGCAUCCCCCCCUCGUGGACGCUCGGCAAGAAGAACGUCGUCACUGGCCUGGAGCACCUGCCCUGCCUGAACGUCAAUGUGACAGCCCCUGGCCUGGUCAAGCAGGACGUGGUCUACGGUGCCACCCUCCGGGACCACUGGAUCUACAACAUCUCGUACGCGGUGCCCUCUGGCUUCUCAGGCGUCCCCAAGGUGACCCUGGACAUGGAGUACACCUGCUAGAGGUUAUGACGAUGAUUUGUGUCGGGUUAUGUGAGAGGCGCCGUUUGUUGGCUAAUUCUAUGUAAAUAUUUACCUUGUGCCGCGCUAUAUCUGAGCAACCAAUUGGGCCUUUGUUGCUAUGCCCGACCUAUGACAUGGAUGGCUUGGUAAGAGUCUGGUGCUGUAUGCGCAGGCCGGCGGCCGCCCCGAGACUGGGGGUAAGGCAUUACGACAAACAUCGGCGUAUCUGUAGCUCUUGGGUCCUGGACCAAUGUCGCAAUAUUAGAGACAUUCUACCAAAUUCUACCAAGAGGUCAAGUUGCGCAUACUGCUGUUCAUCACGGCAUCGCUUGCAUGUUCAAAUAGUAUAUAUGGAUCUGGC